GUGUGUGUGUGUGAGGGAGUGAGUGAGGGAGUGAGUGGAGAAGUUGUGGUGUGUCACGUAUUGAAAGGUGCAGCACUAUGGAAGACAAUGGCAGCUUCUCGCAGAGCAACGCGAGCGACCCGGACCCGGAGCCGCAGGUCGCCAACGCCACGGCUCCGCACAUGGUUUGGAACAGGACGAAACACCCGCUGCUCGGUCCCUUCGGGAGGCUGCAGGGCGGCGGCGAGCAAACCUACCGGGACUUCACCACCUCGGUCCAGAUCCUCAUCUUCGUAGGAUCCGUCCUGGGAAAUGUUAUGGUCUUGUGGUCAACAUGCCGCACAUCAGUGUUCAAAUCUGUUACAAAUCGUUUCAUCAAAAACCUGGCCUGUGCUGGAAUCUGCGCCAGUGUUGUCUGCGUGCCUUUUGAUAUCGUGCUGAGUGCCAGCCCACAUUGUUGCUGGUGGAUCUACACUCUGGUCUUCUGUAAAGUGAUGAAAUUCCUACACAAAGUGUUCUGCUCUGUCACUGUUCUCAGCUUUACCGUCAUUGCAUUGGACAGGUAUUAUUCUGUUUUGUAUCCUUUGGAGAGGAAGAUCUCAGAUACAAAAUCCAGGGAUCUGGUAAUCUACAUCUGGAUUCAUGCGGUUAUAGCAAGUGUUCCAGUUUUUGCAGUAACUAAUGUGACAGAUAUCUACGCCAUGUCUACUUGCACUGGCUCACGGAGCUACUCAGUUGGGCAUUUGGUUUACGUCAUCAUAUAUAAUAUCACAACUAUAAUCCUGCCCGUUGCUGUGGUGUUCUUGUUAAUGAUUCUGAUCCGCAGAGCUCUCAGCGCGAGUCAGAAGAAGAAAGUGAUUAUAGCAGCAUUACGUACUCCACAGAACAUAAUUUCCAUCCCGUAUGUUUCCCAACGGGAGGCUGAACUGCAUGCCAUGCUACUGUCUAUGGUGCUGAUCUUCAUUGUUUGCAGUGUUCCUUAUAUGAUCUAUGUGAUUUACAGAACCAUUCUCAAUAUCACUGACAUCUCUGCCUCUCUAAUGCUGACUGCAAUCUGGUUGCCCAAAAUUUCCCUGCUUGCCAACCCGUUGCUUUAUCUGACCAUCAACAAAUCUGUUUGGAAAUGUUUAGUGGGGACCGUUGUGCAGCUCCAUCGCAGGUACAGUAGAAGAAACAUUGUAAAUUCCAAUGCUCUCGCCACACUUGAACCCGCCAUACGGUCGGGUAGUCAGUUACUAGAAAUGUUCCACAUUGGGCAGCAGCAGAUUUUCAAACCCACUGAGGAUGAUGAUGAUAAUGAAAUCAAAUCUUUUGGAUCUAAUGAGUGCAAGCAUAAAGAAAUAGCCACCACCAGCUUGGAAGUGGAACAAACUUUACUACAAACAUUUACCCCGCAGAAUAACCUUGACUCAACUACAGUGGUGGUGGCAGCAGCAGCAGUUGCAACAACACCAACAACAGCAGGACCUGAUUCAGAUACAAUCUCAGACAAGUAUGCAAUGCAGUUUGGGUUUGGCCCAUUUGAGCUGCCUCCACAAUGGCUCUCUGACACGCGGAAUAGUAAGAAAAGGCUCUUGCCUCCCUUAGGCAACACACCAGAAGAACUGAUUCAGACCACUGAAAGACAGACCAAAUGCAAAGCAGAGAGAAAGAUCAGUAGGAACAAUAAAGUAAGCAUAUUUCCUAAAGUGGAUCCCUAGCCCACCUUGUGUGAUAGCACAGACUGACUUAUAGCAAACAUGAUCCCAUGGAUCCUUAUUUCAUACAGCAAAAUAUUGCUGCAUAUAGAAUAUUAUGGACGCCAGACUCUAUAAAACUGAAAUAUGAUCUUCAAAGCAGGAUUCUGCUUCAAAAUAAAUUAUAGAUUUGCUGGUACUUAUGAUCAAGCAGAGUUCAGAUGAAAGAAAUUGCCACUUGUACAUUCAGCUGUAUCUGAUUAAGGAAAACUCUUGUAGCUAUGUCCUUCAGAGGUAUGUGCACCAUUCAUAUUUUGAAUUGAACAAAUAAAGAGGGUACUUCGAUUUUAAACUGUUACAUUUCAAUAGUGAACAGACUUGACAACUGUUUUGAAAAUUAUUUGUUUUCUUAAAUAAUUUAGA